CGGAUGGUGAUAUUCAAGUAGGAUUGCUGAUAUUCCAUUACGCUUCACGAUUGGCUAGAUAGCAUCGACUAGGGAUUUGAGAUGCCUUUUUGUAGCACCAUAGGGAAUGGUUAAAAAGAAGACACAGAGUUGUGCUUGAUUUUCAUUGUCAAUGAUAAUUUGAUCUAAAUUUUGAAAAUGCAUUUGAAAAAGAAUUUAAGAAGAAGAUAGAUGAUGGAUAUCAGGAUUAAAUAUAAAGUGAGAAAGCCACCAGACUGAGCAUCAGUUAUUCUUCGAAUGAAGGUUAAUUGGGUAUCAAAUUGCAGCAUGGAGCUUUGAAGGUGUCUCCUCUCGCUCGAAGCUAUUUCCUUCUACCUGAAGAUAUCCUUUCGCAAGCGCUCUUUUCCCAUCAUUUAUUUUCAAAAUAUACAUCAAAAUUAGAGUAGUCCAGUCGCUACCACUACUUAGGUAAACGAAGCAACAGAGUGGACAGAAGUUUCCGGCUAGAAGUUUCUUUAUGCUUUGGGUUAAUUAACAGGGGGGCUGACACGUGGCAAUCCACAUAGAUGCUUAUUUGGCCCGUAUUUCCUGACUCAUCAACUUCAAUUAAUGGAAUCAUAUUUCAUCCGUUACUUCCAAGGGAUCUCUCUAGAAGUUCUUUAGACGUUGGGAAGCGGCAAUUCAAUAAGCCAGAAACCUGAAUAGCCGCUCAAAUUUCUUCCGGUGUUCCGGUUAUUGAAUCGCAGGGUGACCCUCUGAAGGUCAAAGUCAACAAACUGGCUUCUACUAGAACUCAACUUCCUUAUUCAUAUUAUUCCCUUCCUUACUGAUUUUCCCUUUCUUCAACCGAUACUACCCCAUCUCAAAAACAAAAGAUCAUUCUUUAGUUAUUUCUAAGCAAAAAAUCUGGAAAAAUAUGUGCCAAUCUCAAAUCUUUUUGCUUCUUCAUUAAGUUGACGAAUUUAUAUGCCUACUCUCUGAUCUCCCUCCUUCAUUGGCAAGCGGAUGAAUUUUAUGUCUACUCUUUGAUCUCCAUCCUACUUCAACAAGCGGAAAUCUGGUUCUUCUGAUGUUAACUGAAUGUUUCCGGAGAAGCAGCAGAAGCACAAGCAGUAGCAGGUAUGAUAUGAAGAUUCAUAUUAAUUCAAUUACUCAAAUUUUUCGGAAAAGGCAGAAAGUUGUAAUUCCACGUUCUUGCAUCAACAGCCGGCCAGACCAAGAAAGUUGUCAUCGGAUCAAUAAUGAAGUGGAAUUACUUGUAAACGAAGCAACAGAGUGGACAGAAGUUUCCGGCUAGAAGUUUCUUUAUUCUGUGGGUGACCCUCUGAAGGUCAAAGUCAACAAACUGGCUUCUACUAGAACUCAACUUCCUUAUUCAUAUUAUUCCCUUCCUUACUGUAAGCCAGAUCGCAUUGUGGACAGUGCAAAAAAUCUUGGCGAGGUUCUCGGGGUGACCAUAUUGAAAACUCUGUGUAUGAGUUUCGUAUGAGGGAACCACAGAUGUGUAACAUUGCAUGUCAUAUUGUUCUUAAUGCAAAAACAGAAAAAGAGUUUAAGAAGAAGAUAGAUGAUGAAUAUCAGGAUUGAAUUCUUUUGCAUUCGGGAAUCCACGAAUGUAACUUGAAUGUAACAGGAUUAAAUAUAAAGUGAGAAAGCCACCAGACUGAGCAUCAGUUAUUCUUCGAAUGAAGGUUAAUUGGGUUUCAAAUUGCAGCAUGGAGGGAAUGGUUAAAAAGAAGACACAGAGUUGUGCUUGAUUUUCAUUGUCAAUGAUAAUUUGAUCUAAAUUUUGAAAAUGCAUUUGGUUAGAAAUUCAUUUUCUAAAGUUAUUCCAAGCAGCCUUCAAAAUCUAAUUUGGGAGAGAAACAACAUAGUUACUCCUUUAUAAAGAAUUUUGAUUAAUCUUGGAUAAUGAGAAAACAUAGAGAUAUGUGAUGAUUAGGUGACUUCGAAGGAAACAAACAUGGUUGCGUUAUUAUUCUGUAAAAAGUUUCAUCAAAUCAACACUAGGUUUUGUAUAGGGUUCCCAGACAGAUUUGAGGGAGAGUAGUCCGUCUAGAUUCCAUUUCUGUUUCCGCCUGGAGAGCUAUCUAAGAUUCUGCAACCUUCCAGUUGCGUCGGUUGGACGAAAUAAUCACUUACCUACCAAUUUUUGCAUUCCGCUUCCAUGGUUUUCCUUUAGAUGUUGCUUCAGGUCUAGAGAGCCAUUUUAUUUAUAAAGAUUAUGAAGGAUA